AUCUGUGCCAUCAAAAAUUACACUCCUACGUCAUAAUCUGCUUCAGUAGGUUCCUCCUUCAUUCGUCACUUCUCGUCAACACUUCAUUCACUCUAUAUAUGGAGGAACACGGCAUGCAGAGUGGGAGUGACUUUAUUCUAAACGGUGUCUUGUCUAGUAAAGCACACUGUGUUACCAAGGUGCUUGACCAGGAUAGAUGGUCACAAGCUGAAGCUAGAACUACACAGCUUCUUGAACAUAUUCAACCCAACCCCAUAACAGAAGCACGUCGAAAUGCUGUCGUAUCUUACCUACGAUUACUGAUCAUGAAGCGUACCCCUUGUCAGGUAUUUGCAUUUGGGUCCGUACCGUUAAAGACCUAUUUACCAGAUGGGGAUAUUGAUCUAACAGCGUUUUGUGAUGAUCAACAAUCGGAAGAAAGACUGAUCCACGAUGUACUGCAGGUUUUGCAAAGAGAAGAGAAGAAAAAUAAUGCGGAAUUUGAUGUGAAAGAGGUUAAGUAUGUCCGUGCAGAGGUGAAAAUCAUAAAAUGCUUAGUGGAAAGCUAUAUUGUUGAUAUAUCCUUCAAUCAAAUCAGUGGUCUAGGAACAUUGUGCUUUCUCGAGGAGGUUGACUAUAUGAUACAACAGGACCACUUAUUCAAAAGAAGUGUCAUACUGAUAAAAGCAUGGUGUUACUAUGAGAGCCGCAUCCUGGGUUCUCACCAUGGACUCAUUUCAACCUAUGCAUUGGAAACUUUAGUCAUUUAUGUUUUUCAUGUUUACAGUAAAACAUUUGCUGGGCCACUUGAGGUACUUCUUCGAUUUCUGGAUUUAUUCAGUGGAUUUGACUGGACGAAUUAUUGCAUCAGUUUGCGGGGACCUGUGCGUAUCAGUUCACUCCCAAACAUGAGAGCUGAGCCUCCACGAAAGAAUUGCCAAGAGUUGCUGCUCAGAGAACAAUUUCUUUAUGGUUGCGAGUCCUGCUAUGGUGUAAUGCCUAGCAGCCAGGAACUCAGAGAGAAACCUUUUGCUUCCAAAUUCCUCAACAUUGUUGAUCCUUUGCGUUCUAACAACAAUUUGGGGCGUAGCAUCAAUAAGGGUAACUUCUGUAGGAUAAAAAGUGCAAUUGCUUUUGGUGCUAAACAGAUAGAGAGAUUGCUGGAUUGUCCAAAAGAUAAAAUAAUAGCUGAAUUUGAUUUGUUCUUCAAAAACACAUGGGAUAGAAAUGGGAAUGGUUACUGGAUGGAUACACACAGUUAUGAUCUUUGUUUAAAGAAUAAUAAUGUUACUGGUCAUGAAUCUGAGGUUGAGUUGACUCAAGCUUCUCAUGGUAUUUACCAAAUUCCUGCUAACCAUUUAGAGGAAUCAAAAAUGUUUGGAACCUCUGAUGUAUCUGCUGCUUCUCAAACUUGGAGCUCAACGAAUAACAGCAUUUUCACUGGUGCAAUGACCUCUGGUAUAGAGCACACAAAUACCACGAACAAUGCAAUAGCUAAUAGAGCCCAAAGUCCUAUGUAUUCAUCAAAUGAAGUUCAGGACAUGCUUCACUUUCAAGGGUAUUAUACUGGUUCAGAGUUUAGUCAUUUGUAUAGUGAAGCUCCAACUCAUCAUUACUACAACACCGGAAUUUCACCUGAAAAUCAGCAAUCUUUUGGGCAGAUUUCAUUCGAUUGGGUAAAUGGAUAUGCAUAUGACCUAGAAAAUACUUCAAGCAAUUAUUAUCAUGAAUAUGGCUAUGUGGUCAAUGAACAAAAUGUCUUUCCUGUUGACGAGGGAAUGCUGAUGCAUCAGGAAGAGCAUAAUUAUCCUAAUUUCAAUGGAUAUCUGCAAGCACCAGUGAAUGUGAAUUCAAGUGAUGUAGCAUCUUUUCCACAACCACCACCACCACAUGUUUUAACUUCAGGAUACGGACAUGAAAACUCACUUGAAGUGUUUCCUGAAGAUGUCCAUUCUUUUGAAUCCUUUCCAAGCCACAAUAUGCCCUACUCUCAUGGCACAGCUCCAUUUCCUUCAGAAUGGUUUCCAUUGUAUGAGGAAGAACAGGCUGAACCAGUUAAUCAUAACGUGUUAAUACCUUGCUCAGAUCAGCAAAGGCAAAUGGCUGUUAACAUUGGUUCCAGAUCUGGUAAUUCAUCUUUGCAUUCUGGUGCUAGAAGUUACACACCAAAAAAUCAUGGAGUAACUACUCAACAAAAAUGGGUAGUCAGAGAAAAAGGUAGUAGUAGUCCACCAGACAAUAAAAUUAUAAAUAAAGAUGUGAACACUGGAGCAAGUUCUGGUUCCAAAUCUUCUUUGCUUCCAACCCCUGGGACCAGCCUUCCUUCCUCUAAUGUCUCAAGUGAACCAUCUUCAGAAACUCCUCAACCUGAUGGUGUCAGUGGAAACUGUAUUGGUCAAUCAACAAUAGGCACUGACUUGUGUGAGAUCACAAGUACUGAAGCUGUUACUUCACAUGUUCAUAAUCUUCAAUUAAGUAGGAAACUUCCAAUGAUUGUGUCUAAUUCAUCAUUUCCUGAGAAAUCUCCUGUUUAUGCUGGUCCUUUUGUUUCAAGUCAGAGAGCUGUUGAUAGCCAAAGUUUGUUACCAGUUGCAGAUGGUUCCUCUGGACCAUUUCAAGUUCCUAACAUGUUCUCAUACUACAAUCUCCCCACUGAGACUGGAACUACUUUUGCAGCCACCAAUGAUGGGCACAUGGAUGCUGAGCUAGGUUAUUUUUAUCCACAUGAGUCAUCAAUUGUAGGUUUGGAUUCUACUCAACAUGCUUAUCAUACCAGUUAUGAUGCAUCAGGGUACUUUGUGAAAGAAGGUUCAGAUAUUUUGGAUGGUGAUUUUCCAAGCUAUUGGGUGAAUCUGCAAUAUGCAAGGAUUUACAAGAAUCCACAACUACUGGAGUCCUUGCCUCCUCCCUCUACUACACAGCAAAUGCAUUUAAGGGGACAACUUUCAAGGAAUAAGAAAUCUACUGAUGUCAUGAACAAUACGGGGCAUGUUCAAACCCCAGUUCCUGUGAUGCCACCUCGACGUGCUUCUCCCUUGCAUGGGAGUACUAAUGAACGUGGUAGUUUUUGGAUUCCUAGAUUUAGUGAUGGGACCGGGACUUACCUGCCAAACACAUCAAAUUAUUUCCAGAGGUAUUACAGGAGAAAACAUCAUCACAGAAGUCGUUAUCUCAGAAAUCUCAAAUAUGAACAGAAGGGUAAACAAUCUGAAAGGGGAGAUACGAAUUUGAAUUCAAAAGAAAGUUUUCCCAUCCUUGGUCAGUUGAAGACAGGUUCAAAUGAAUCAUCACGUCGAGGUGAAAACUCACGAAGUGGUAUUAGAGAGGUGGCAAAUUCUGAAGGUUCUACUAAAUAUCACUCCUCAUCAUCAAAAAUCCUUGGGGCUCAAUAAGAGGGACCAUCCUACUAGGAUGAAGAUUGAAAAAGUGAAACUUAUGCACAGAAGAAGACAGUGUGAUAACAGAUAAUAGUGAG